AUGAAUAAUAAUUUUUUAGCAACCAUGGAAUACAAAGAUUUUAGGUUAGAAUAUUGCAUAUUUGACCAUAAUGCUUUUUAUCUUGGAAGAUAUAUCUCGGACAGUAGACAAUAUGAUACAGGAGUUGCUAUUCUAGGAAGACAUAAUAUAAGUAAAUUGAUACUAUCAAGUAAUUGCAAUCAUAAAAUUUAUACAACCUUUAAAAUUACGAACAUUGAAAUAGAGCUUCUAAAUAAAAAACAUUUUAUUGUCAGAAAACGUCUUGAUGACGAACUUUCUUUUGGUUGUCUAAAUGCAAUGAUAUAUUAUUUAGAAACCAAUGUUAUGGGUCACCAUGUUGGAUAUUUAAAUGUACUCAAUUUAAAAUCAAUAGAAAUCGGUACUAUUGGGAAGUAUAAAGUUUUCAAACACAAUUUAAAUGAUUUUUUAUACAUAGAUUAUAAUACUAUUCAAGAUUUACGCCUUAAGGAAGAUUUGUUUUUAAAAAUUAAUUUUACUAAAACAAUACAUGGCAAAAAACAGCUGUUAAGGCAUAUGCUCUUUCCAUUUAAAAAAAAGAUUGAAAUUCUUCAAAGACAGAAACAAUUAAAUGAGAUUAUGAACAUAUCGUUGACUGCUUUUUUAAAAAAAAUUAAAGGAAUUGAACCUGACGGCGUUCUCAAUAUCUACAAACUUCCAUUGUUACUAAACUCGGUCAUAGAUAUACACGAGAUGCUUAAAAAUACAUCAAUUGGUUUUAAAAGCAUCAAACACGUAAAACAACUUUCGACACUUGUUGAUAUUUUUGAUGAAAAAGAACUAAAACCAGGUCUCUUUCCAGAAUAUGAUCAGCUACAGACAUUUUAUUUAAAUUUACCGCAAUACUUGAGCAAAAUUGCAAAAAAUAUUACUAAAGAUAUAUCAAUCGAUUUAAACAUUAUCUAUAUGCCACAAAUUGGUUACUUGAUUGAAUUGAACCGCAAUAUUGAUAUAGAAAAACUUGUGUGUGAUAUACCUGAUGAAUUUUUAAAUGAAAAGAAGUGUACUGCUGCUAAUGCUAUGGAAAACUCAUUAUUCACUGAAUCAGAAACAUAUUUUAAAAGCUCUACAUACAAUGAAAUAUUUAUACAAAAAGUAAAUAAUAUUAGCCAACUUGCUGAAGAUAUAACAAAUAAAGACAUAUACAAAUUUAGUACUUCUCUUGGAGCAUUGACUAAAAAAAAUAUUUUUAAAAGAUCAAAAAAGCACAGUUCUAUUGAUACUUUGUCAAAAGAAUUUGGAGAAAGUAAAAACCAAGAAGCUGCACAAAAAAAGCUAUUUAAGAUUCAUGAAAAGUUUUAUGUAAAAAACAAAGUAAUGAAAUUAUUAGAUAAAGAAUUCGGAGACCUUUCAAAUUUGAUUGAGGAAUUUAAAUGUUUUAAAAUAAAAGAAUUAAGAGAGAUCAUAGCAAGAUUUCCUUUAGAUGAAAUUUUUGAGUACAUUGGCACUAUUGAUGCUUUAAAUUCACUUAAACUAUUCUCGUUGACAUAUAAAUGUUGUAUGCCAAAAAUUAGUAAAGAGAAGAAAGUUAAGAUAAAAAACAUUUGGAAUUACAAUGCGGAUAUUGAAAUUACAAAAAAUAUAAUUUAUUUUGGAUCUGACAAUUUUUUAAAGUUAAUAGGAGAAAUGAUAAUUUUAUUCCAAAUGGGCUCAAACAUUCCCGCUUUAGAUGGCGAAUUUUAUAUAUUUGAUCAGUUAUAUACAUCAAUUCAAAUUAAUGAAUCAAUUAUUGAUAAUACCAGCUAUUUUCUUGCAUCUUUAAAAAAUAUUUCAAGAAUUUUAAACCAAGCAAAUUCAGAUUCAGUAUGCUUAAUAAAAAACUUUGGAGAUGGAACAAAUAUAAAUAUUGGAAUACAACUUUUUUAUGAAAUUCAUAAAAAAAUUCAAGAUUUUUUUGUAAUAUCAUUAUGUAAUUUUAAAGAAAUUUUUAAUCAUUAUGAAGGCGAGGAAAUAGAUAAAGCAAGUACAUUAAUUGAAAGUACAAACCACAUUAUCCCAGACGUACCAAAUGAAAGCACUUUUGAGCUAAAAAAGAAUUCUUUAAUACUAAGUCAAAUGUCGUCAAUUUAUUAUCAAUCAAAAUCAAUAGAAACCUGUAAGAAUUGCCUUUGUACGUCAUAUGAUUUUAAAUCGAUUGACAUAAAUUUGUGUAAUAUUUUGAUUACCACAUACAAUGGGGAUAGGUAUUCUAGCUAUUCUUUCUUAGACAACUUUGUGACUUCUAAAAAAUUUAAAGAUUUAUAUUAUGAAAGUCUAGAAUUGAUAAAAAAUGACUUACAUAAUAAUGAUCAAUAUAAUAUGUAUCAAUGGGCAAUAAAAACCGUAAACGAUUUUAUAAAAAAACAUAGAAAAAUUUUUAAUAAGAAAUAA